CAGAAAAUCAUUGCGUAGACAUAUCUGGGACAUUCAUUCAAUCACUCGGCUUCGGAAAAUUUGGAAGCACACCGACCAUCUUUUGUGUUUUAUUAAAUUAAAACGCUGAAAUGAGGCUUUGUCUGCUGUUUGUGGUCACUCUGGUGUCCCUGGCUCCGGCAGUUCGCGGGGGCGACAAAAAGAAGCUCCAAAUUGGUAUCAAGAAAAGAGUUGACAACUGCCCCAUCAAAACACGUAAAGGAGAUGUGCUGAACAUGCACUACACCGGAAAGCUGGAGGAUGGAACAGAGUUUGACAGCAGCAUUCCAAGGAACCAGCCAUUCACCUUUACUCUGGGAACCGGACAAGUCAUCAAAGGCUGGGACCAGGGCCUGCUCGGAAUGUGUGAGGGAGAGAAGAGGAAACUGGUCAUCCCCUCAGAGCUCGGAUACGGAGACAGAGGAGCACCUCCUAAGAUUCCAGGUGGUGCCACUCUCAUUUUUGAAGUGGAACUACUCGGCAUCGAGAGGAGGUCUGACUUAUAGUGAACAUUAACUUAAAA